CUUUUCUUUGUAGAUAAUAAAAUCUUAAAUUAGUUAAAAUGGGUGCCUACAAGUAUUUGGAAGAAUUGCAAAGAAAGAAGCAAUCUGAUGUUAUGCGUUUCUUAUAUCGUGUCAGAUGUUGGGAAUACAGACAAAAGACUGUUAUCCACAGAGCUUCCAGACCAUCCAGACCAGACAAGGCCAGAAGAUUAGGUUACAAGGCCAAGCAAGGUUUCGUUAUCUUCCGUGUCAGAGUCAGAAGAGGUGGUAGAAAGAGACCUGCUCCAAAGGGUGCCACUUACGGUAAGCCAACCAACCACGGUGUCUCUCAAUUGAAGUACCAAAAGUCUUUGAGAACCACUGCCGAAGAACGUGUCGGUCGUCGUGCUGCCAACUUGAGAGUCUUGAACUCUUACUGGGUCAACCAAGACUCCACCUACAAGUACUUUGAAGUCAUUUUGAUCGACCCAUCCCACAAGGCCAUCAGAAGAGACGCCAGAUACAACUGGAUCGCUAACCCAGUCCACAAGCACAGAGAAGCUAGAGGUCUUACCUCCGCUGGUAAGAAGUCCAGAGGUAUCAACAAGGGUCACUUGUACAACAACACCAAGGCCGGUCGUCGUCACACUUGGAAGAGAAACAACACCUUGUCCUUGUGGAGAUACAGAUCUUAGAUUUAGCCCCUUUCGGCUACUUCUAUGGUUUCCUCUACUUAAUGUUUUUGCUGUUUAAUUUAAUGAGCUGUUUGUGAAGGGAGUUUUAUAGUAAAUACACAAAUGUUGGAUCCAA